UUAUCUCCACAGUAUUAUUAAAAGAUCAAAGAUAUCCUGUAGAUAACUUGUAUCUCUGACUUGUUUAGACUCUUAGUCUUUCUUUUCCUUACUCUACUUUCUCUGUUACACACAGUCUGUGUAUUAUAUCUGUAGAUAAUACAAGUGCAUGUUUGUUGAUCUUUCUUGGUUCAAUCACUUAUAACGACUCUUUGUUUACACUGGGGCUCUGAUAUUCCUUUAAUAUCUCUAGACCAAAGCAAUGAAGGUUAUUGCAGUACUAUGGACUGUGUGUUUGGUAAGACUAUGCAGUGCAGGAUGUUGUGGCUGUUUUGGAAGAAGUAACGGGAGUAGCGUUACUUUAGAUCUUUCUUGCCCUGAUGAAUCCAAGGUAAAGAUGACAACGAAUAAUGACAAGGGACUAGAGUCUAAGGAAUAUUCUCCAAAGAGUGGUUCCAAAAUAAAGUCUGUUGUUGAUAAUGGAGCUACUAUUUGGGAUUCCUGUAGGAUCUCAAGUGAACAGUGCCUAUUUGCAACAUUAUCGAAAAAGGGAGAGUCAUCUCUACUUCUAAUCGCUACUAGAAAUGCUGUUGAGAAGAAGUACUUUGAAAAGUGUGAUGAGAAGUGGAAGAAGAUCGAUAAGAAGGAUGAUUAUGAAAAGAAACUAAAUGAGAUGAGGGGAGAAUCUGGAUCACCAUCUCCUAAUCCUUCUACUACUCCAUCUACUUCCUCUAAAUAGUGACUCUUUGUGACUCCUCAUGGACAAUAAACGCAAUGCAGUUCCAUAAUUCGGUAUCUUGCUCAUGCUCCGUUAGAGGGAGUGUACAUGCUUAAU